AUGGAAUCGGCGAAAUCAGCUGCAGCAUCUCGAUAUCUAAACAUCAGAUGCUAUUCCCGUCAAUCAGACAAUGCCGCAUCAGGCAUUUUGUCAUCAGGCACUGGCUCGGUAGCCGGCAUUGGUUCGGCAGCAGGCGACGCAGCAUGCGACGCAGCAGGCGACGCAGCAGGCGACGCAGCAGGCGAUGCAUCAUGCGACGGUCUGAAGGGGUUGAACGAGGAGCAGCGAGCAGCGGUGGUGGCAUCUCCUCAUGGCUGUGUGCGCGUGGUGGCUGGUCCCGGGUCCGGCAAGACGCGUGUUCUCACCCACAGGGUCGUAAAUCUGAUCAAGAACCUCGGAGUGCAUCCCCGGAAGAUACUGUGCAUCACCUUCACGAACAGAGCAGCCAAUGAGCUUGUGACACGUCUCCAGGACCUCCUGGCCCCUGAGGCUGCUGCAGCUGUCCAUGUGGGCACAUUUCACGGCAUUGCUGCUCGCAUUCUCAGAAGCGAGAUGCUUCCGUCGCUGCGCAACCGAAGAUGCUACAGGGACUACACCAUAUACGAUGAGGAUGACUCACUGCGAGUGAUUAAGGAUAUUGAUAAGCAGGAGAAAGAAAGACUCGCUAAAAUCAGCCCGUACCAGCCAGGAAAAUCCAAUUCAGCAGCAGUAGCAGGAGGAGCAGCAGGAGCCAAUCCGGACGGUCUAUACGAGGCCAUGUCGCAUCUCUCUCUCCAAUCAGGCAACGCCACGUCAGCAGCACAGGCAGCGUUGGCGGAAGUGCUGGGGGAUAGAGGGGGUGGGGGGGCAGGUGGAGAUGGGGUAGACGGGGAUAAGGAGGGAAACCGGUUUAAGAAUAUAAGGGAUGCGGUGUUGAGGUAUAAGGAGGGGGGGAUGAAAGAGGACAUGAGGGGGAGAGUGGGGGAGAGGAGGAGAGGGAGGUUCGAAGGGGAGUUGAGCAUAGGAGGUUCUAUUCCCAGAUACGCCAAGCUGUACGAGGACGAGUUGAGGCGCAGCAAUGCACUGGAUUUCGACGACCUCACACAUUUCCUCCUCGACCUCUUUCACACCCAGCCCCACGUGCUCCAGAAAUACCAGGAGCGGUUUCAGCAUGUGUUGGUGGACGAAUUUCAAGACACGGAUUCGUUCCAGUACGAGAUAGUGCGGCUACUGACACUCAACUCCAAGCGCCUGUUCGUUGUGGGGGACAUUGAUCAGUGCAUCUACUCCUGGCGCGGAGCAGAGUACCACUACUUGCAACGACUCUUAGACGAGGACUUUGAUGACGUCGCCACGUUGCAGCUUCGCAGCAACUACAGGUCAUCCCAAAGCAUCCUGCAGGCAGCAAAUCGAGUGAUUCAGGGCGGGCCAAGGGACAGGCGCGUUGGGGGAGGCACCCUGGAGCUGAAACCCACCAAGCCCCCAGGCCAUCCGGUGUUCUUCUCCUUCUUCCCCUCGUGUGCCAGUGAAGCCGCCACGAUCGCAGAGGAGAUAGAGAGCCUCGUCGACCCUGCUGAGCUGUCUCCCUGGGCGAGGGGGGGAGCGGGGGGAGGGGGGAGGGGAGGUGCUGGGGGUGGGGGGAGGAACUGGUCGGCGAGAGGGGCGCGGGGAGGGGCAAUGGCGGGGGCGAGAGCAGGAGAGAGGGGAGGGGCGAGGGGAAGGGAGGCGGGAGGGGAGAGGGAGGGGGAGGUGGGAGGGGAGGGGGCAGGGGCGAGCGGGGGGUACGCGUGGAGGGACUUUUGUGUGCUGUACCGGACUCACGCUCAGGCAGUGCAGCUGCAGCAGGGGCUGACAAACCUCGCAAUCCCGUGCAUCGUCGUGGGAGGCAGCACUCUGUUCCAGAAGAAGGUGGGUUGUUGCUCCUCAAUCCCUCUAAGCAGGGGCGAGCGGGCGGUAUGCGUGGAGGGACUUCUGUGUGCUGUACCGGACUCACGCUCAGGCAGUGCAGUUGCAGCAGGGGCUGACGCACCUCGCCAUCCCAUGCAUCGUCGUGGGAGGCAGCACACUGUUCCAGAAGAAGGUCAGGCAGUGCAGCUGCAGCAGGGGCUGGCAAACCUUGCGAUUCCAUGCAUCGUUGUGGGAGGGAGUACGCUGUUCCAGAGGAAGGUGGUGAAGGACCUCAUAGCGUACAUGAGAAUAGUUGCCAAUCCAGCAGACAGUGUUGCGCUUGGCCGGAUCUACAACACGCCCUCCAGAGGCCUGGGAGCCAAGUCAUGGGCGACAGUGCAGCAGUGGGCUCAGGGUCUCGACUCCCCUGCAGGCACUGCAAUCCUGUCGUUGUCUUGGAACCGGCAUUGGGCAAGCAAACUGUCCCCCAUCUCCCACAGAAUAGCCAUCCUCCCAUCUCCCUCCCAUCCUCCACCCUCCCAUCCUCCUCUCUCCCAUCCUCCUCCCUCCCACAUCUCGUCACAUCAAUUGUCUAGGCAUUUCGCCAGCAUGCCAGUAACCCCCAUCCCGUUCUUUCCCAUCCUCCACACUCUACCAUCGUCGCCUCUCCCGUCCUCCCUUACUCCAUCCUCCACUCUCCCAUCCUCCACUCUCCCAUCCUCCACUCUCCCAUCCUCCACUCUCCCAUCCUCCGCUCUCCCAUCCUCCACCUCACAUCUCAUUUGA